AUCGGGCGGGCACGUGUCGAUCGUGUGGCCUCCCCCUCCCCCUUUCAAUCCGCUGUCUGUGAGAGUGUGUACGUUUGUGGGCCUUCGUUCCCCUUGUGUGCGAAAGAGAGAGGGAGUCGCGAUCGCCAAGAUCCUCGCCGGCCAAGAAUCCCGCGAUCCCGCGAUCGCGAUCGGCAGUCAUCGAACGGACGGCGCACCGUACGCACCAUCAUCAUCGUCAUCGUAGUGGUUCCUGUUUCGGUGUGUGCGUGCCAGUAGACGUGUCGCGUUUUCCGGCAGUUCCGCGUUUUUUUGGACGACGAUGCCGCCACAAAACUCGAUCGAGUUGACCACCAAACCGGACGCGGAUGGGGCCAACGGUAAGCUGCUGCCGCCGGGCGGUGCCGACGCCACCGCCGGCAACGGGACGGCGAAGGGCGACGAGCCGCCACCGACGACGACCCUGAUCGUGCCGCCGGACGGUGGCUGGGGCUGGCUCGUCAUGGUGGCGUCCUUCUUCUGCAACGUCGUCGUCGACGGGAUCGUGAUGAACGUGGGCAGCUUCCUCGGCCCGAUCCGGCUCGAGUUUGGCGUGAGCGAAGCGGAAGUUGCCCUCGUCAGUUCGCUGCUGAGCGGCUUCUAUCUGCUGACCGGCCCCUUCGUCAGCGCCCUGGCCAAUCGGUGGGGUUUCCGGAUCGUCACGAUAAUCGGUGCGCUGGUGGCCGCUUUCGGAUUCUUCGUCUCGCAGUACGCCACCAGCGUGGUGUUCCUGUACGUGACGUUCGGGUUCAUCGGUGGCGUUGGCUUCUGCUUCAUCUACGUCCCGUCCGUCAUCACGGUGGGCUAUUACUUCGAGAAGUGGCGUGCCGUGGCGACCGGAAUCGCCCUGUGCGGGUCCGGUGUCGGGACGUUCAUCUUUGCCCCGCUGAACGCGAUGCUUAUCGAGUCGCUCGGUUGGCGCGGUGCGCUGGUCGCCCAGGCUGGCAUCAUCCUGUCGUGCAUCGCGUUCGGGGCUAUCUUCCGCCCGAUCCAGCCUACGGAGGUGACCGUCACGAAGGACGAGGACACACCGGCCGAGAAGGGCAUCCGGUUGGGUGAGGGGUUGCCGGUGGUGUAUACGAGGCCGUUGCCCGAGGGUCGCUACGCGUACUCGAUGCCCAACAGUUCGCACAACACGUGGAUGGGAGCGAACCCGAACUAUCAGUACCCGACGGCGGCCGAGAUCUUCCGGCAGGGAAGCGGCCACAACCUGGACCGACGGCCUUCGCACACGGCGGGCCAGCUGGUCAGCCACAACCUGCAGAGCACGACGAAGAAGCUGGAGAAGAUCCAGAAGCGGCUCGCCGGCCAGAUGACGCCGGACGAUACGAUCCACGCGCACGGCUUCGCCACGGCCCACCACGAGCUGAAUCCGGUCGGCGAGGCGGACGAGGAGGACACGGAGAAUGGCACGCUGCUGGCGGUGCCACCCGAGCAGACCACCGUCACCGUGACGACGGCCUCGGCCCGACGCCACACCGUUUCCGGUCGCCGGCCGAACGAAGCGGCCAGCUCCCGGCAUGGCUCCCGCAGGACACUCCACGACGGCGCUCGGCCCAUGUAUCGGGAUGACAUCUUCUUCACCGGGUCGCUGGCCCGCAUCCCGCAGUACCGCUCGCAGACCUCCCUCGGUUAUCACCUGUCAGUGACCCACCUGCCCACGAAGGCCGACGUCGAGGAGGAGGUGGAGGAGCAGUGCAUGAUGUGCCCGGAGGCGGUCCGCCGGACGCUGGCCACCAUGCUGGACAUGUCGCUGCUCAAGUCGCCCUCCUUCAUGAUGCUGGCGUUCAGUGGGUUCCUCACGAUGAUGGGCUUCUUCGUGCCGUUCCUGUACGUGCGGCAGCGGGCCGUGGCCGGCGGGAUGCCCGAGGACGUGUCCACCUUCAUCGUGUCCGCCAUCGGUAUCUCCAAUACAAUCGCUCGUGUCGUUUGUGGACUGCUGACUUCGUUCAAAAACGUUAACGCGCUGCACCUCAACAACGUGGCCAUCACGCUCGGUGGCAUCGCGACGAUGGUGAGCGGUAUCUACGUCACCGAAGCGUUCCAGUUCACGUACGCCGGUGUUUUCGGGAUCGCCAUCGCAUGCUUCUCGGCGCUGCGCUCGAUUCUGGUGGUCGAUCUGAUGGGAUUGGAGAAGCUUACCAACGCCUUCGGAAUACUGUGCCUGUUCCAGGGCAUUGCCGCCUUUCUGGGGGCUCCCAUUGCCGGAUACUUCACCGAGCUGACCGGGUCGUACAAUGCUUCGUUCUACAUCUGUGGUGCCCUCAUCACACUGUCUGCCGUGCUCUGCUACCCGCUGAGCUACGUCAAUCGAUGGGAAAAGCAGCGAGCCGCCAAACUGGACUCCCAGAAGGUUUAGGCGAGCGGCGGCGAAGAAUACAUCGAAUGGGGUUUGUGGCAGCUGGAUCACCUAUU